CCCAAGACUCCAUACUAGGAAUAUUACAAAAAAGAUAAACUUCAACAUCUAAUCUUCUUAGCUUAUUCUUUACCCCAAAUGGCAACAAUAGGUGCUUUCUUCUUCAUUUUCUUUACACUUUUGUUCUCAAAUAUCAUAACUAGCCAACCAAUACCAAAAUUCACAUCAAUUCUUGUAUUUGGAGACUCAACAGUGGAUACUGGAAAUAACAACCACAUACUUACUAUAUUCAAAGGCAACCAUCCACCCUAUGGCAAAGAUUAUCCAAAUCAUUCUCCCACUGGUAGAUUUUCUAAUGGAAAAUUAGUGCCAGAUAUAUUAGCUCUCUUAUUAAAACUCAAGAAAAAUGGUGUUCCUCCAUAUAUGCAGCCAGAUUUACCAGCAAAUGAAUUGCUUACUGGAAUUUGCUUUGCAUCAGCUGGUUCAGGAUAUGAUGAGUUAACUACUACUAUUUCUGGUGCAAUUCCAAUGAGAAAACAGUUAGAUUAUUUCAAGGAGUAUUUGAAGAAAAUUAAAGAAGUUGUAGGAGAGUGGGAAGCUGAAAGAAUAGUGAAUGGUGCUUUGGUUAUUGUUAGUGCUGGGACUAAUGACUUUAUUUUUAACUUUUAUGAUUUACCCAAAAGAAGGCUUCAAUUCAGCUUGAGUAAGUACCAAGAUUUUCUCCUAGACAAGCUGCAAAAUUUUGUGAAGGAACUAUAUGAUCUUGGAUGCCGUAGUAUUAUAGUAAAUGGACUGCCACCAAUUGGUUGCCUUCCAAUUCAAAUGACAGCAAAGUCUCCACUUCUUAGAACUUGCAUAAAAAAAGAGAAUUUUGAUGCUCAACUUUAUAAUCAAAAGCUUGAGCAUUUGUUACUUCAAUUGCAAGCACAUCUUCCUGGAAGCAAAAUCUUAUACGUAGACAGCUAUUCUCGUGUAUCAGACCUUAUCAACAAUCCACAAGAAUAUGGAUUUGAGGAAAUAAAAAGAGGGUGUUGUGGAAGUGGAUUACUAGAAGCAGGACCCUUGUGUACAAGACUAUCUCCACUGUGUUCAGAUCCUUCUCAAUACAUAUUCUUUGAUAGCAUUCAUCCAACUGAAUCAACAUACUACAAGAUUACUGACUACUUACUGAAGGACCUUCUCCAAAAAUUCUCAAGCAUUAACAGCCCUUGAAUUUUCUACAAGCUAUUUGUUAAAUUAUAGUUUGAGUUAUUUUAUUCAGCUAUUUCUUCAUUUGUUGCAAUAAAUAAAUAAGUAGACAGAUAUGCCUUGAAA